AUGCUCGCCAGUCCCUCUAAACAGAGGAAACAGCACACUUCUCCACUCUGCUUCUCGAAAGACUAUUUCAAAGGAACGAUCGAAAGCCGUCUCUGCCAGCAAAUGGUCUUUUCCGGGAGAGCAUACGAGUGGAAUCCGCUUGAGAAUCCAAACAAACAAACUGGUCUUCUGACAGUUGAUCUGUCUAAACAUGAACUUGAGCUUCUCGGGGUGACUGUAACACAAAAGUUAGAGCUAGAAUACCGCCUGAUAACGCCACAGACGCAAACCAGUGUCUCCACCUGUUGA